AUGAUUAGAAAUAUUAAAGAUGGAUUAUCACAUGUUAGAAAAGAUAAAAUUAAAAUUCAAUAUGAACUCGAAUUUAAGAAAUUGGUUAAUUUAUCAGAUGAUUUAAUUGAUCAGUUUAUCAGUAUCAAAUGGGAAAGAGGUAAAAGCGAAAAGGGAAGCACAAGGGAUAUUAGAGUAGUGGACAGUAAUAUUGAAAAAUUUCACAAUUCGGCAAAUUUAACACAUAGUGUAUCAUUUAGCGAAAUUCCAUAUGAUUCAAAGAAUCACAGUCAUCGUAAUGGUUAUUCAAACACUGGAAACACUCAAACCUCUGGUUCAUCAAGCAGCAAUACCCCAUAUAUCGAAUUAGAAAAGAUACCAAAAACUCUUUCAAGAAAACAAAGUAAAAUUCUCCUUGGUAAUAAAAUAGAUGGUUCCAAUAGUAUGCCCGGUGGGGACUGCAUUGCCAUUGUUCCUCAAGAAAAAGUUGUUUUUAAAGUCCAUUUAUUUUCAAAUACCAUUCAUUCAAAAAUUGAUCAUAUUUUAAAUACAAACUAUGAACAAAAGUUAUUAAAUAUUUAUAUUUACCAUAAUAAUAAUAUUUUAUGCCAUAGUUCAAUUGAUUUAUCAUUACAUACUGAAGAGAAUACAAAUUACUCUGUAACAGUCCCAUUCCCCUCAUCAUCUUUAACACAACCAACUUUAUAUAUGAAUAUAAAAUCAAGUUAUUUAAAAUAUAAUGAUAAACCCAUUAUAAAAGCUUCAAAAGAAAUUAUAUCAAAAAAAGAAUUGGGAAACAUAGUUACAAAUGGGGCAAAUAAAUUAUUAGAAUAUCAAGGAGAGAUAUAUUUUAUACAAAAUAAUAAAAAUAAUAAUUUAAAUAGUAUUGGCGAAAAUAAAGAUUAUAAUAGUAAAGAAGAAAAUUAUCAAAAUAGUAGUAAAGAGAAUAAUAUCAAAGAAAAAAAUAAUAUUAAAGAUAAUAAUAGUAAUAAUAAUAAUAAUAAUAAUAAUAAUAAUAGCAAUAAUAAUAACAAUAAUAAUAAAAUAUUAAGAUUUGAAUUAGAAAAUAAUAUUAAACAUUCACCAACAGAAAUUAAUAAAAAUUCAAAUAAUAAAAAUAUGAUAUCAACAUCAUUAAAUGUUAAUAGCAAUUAUGAAAAUGAAAAAAAUUCAUCACAAUCAACUGGUACUACAUGGGAUGAACUAACCGAGGAAGAUCAUUUUAAGAAUAGUAUUUCAGAGAUUACACAUAACAAAAUAGUUUGCCAAAAGAAUGAAGAAAUUAAAGAACUAAAUAACUCCAUUAAAAAACUUCAAGGUGACCUCAGUGACCAAAAGAGACUCUCUGCCUCACUCCAAACUCUUAUUGAUGAUUGUAGGGUUAAAGUAUUGGAAUAUGAAGAACAUUUCCAUAGAGCCCAAUCAUUAGAAAACUAUGCCAAAAAGCAAUUCAAAUUAGAUGGUAUUACCGGCGUUAGCUUUGAGUCCAAUUUCUCAUUUGCCAUUGCCUCACAUCUCUUAAAAGGUUUGAAAUACCCUUCAACCAAGACCACAACAUCACGUCUUUUAACCACAUUCCUUACAAUCAGUGCAAAGAAAUCAAAUGGUUCAGGUAUUUUAGGUUAUUUAGCUGCAUUAUUAACUACUGAAAGUGAAGUUGGUAAUCUAGAACAAAUCAUUCAAUUAGCAAGUGAUGGUGGCUCUAAUAGAACUUCACCACUUCAUGUUUUAUUCAACGAUCAUAUGAUCCCAGAUGUUGAUCAUGCAAGUCUUUUAUUCACAUUCCUCGUUACAGUUUUAGCCCACACAGAUCGUGAACAUGAACAACUUUUUAUCUAUGAAGCUUUGAAAGAAGGUAUUCAAUUUAUGCCACAAGCUUUCCCAGUUAUCUACAAAACUUUUAUCCCCAAACUUUCUAGUAUCAUUUCAACCUCUCAAAUUGAAAAGAUGAUGUCAGCUUCACUCUCCAUUAUGGAACAUAUGUUCUCUAUUGAACCUCCAAAAUCUGAACUUCAUCCACAUUUAGCUUCAUCACCAAUUUUAAAUAGCUCUUCAUCCCCACCAUUAAACUCAUCAAACUCAUCACUCUCAUCAUCAAGUAAUGCUAUUAAUGCCUCUGGUGCUUCUGCUAAUUUACCUCUUAAUGGCACCUCAAACAACUAUGGAAUUGGUCAUCUCAAAAAAUUAGGUUUCCAAGGUUUACCAGAGUGUGGUUCAGGUUUUAGUAGACCAUCAACUCAAUCACUUAAUGAUUCUAUUCUUAAAACCCUUUCAGAAUUAUUAAACCAAAUUUCUUUAUCAAAACAAAUUAAAUAAUAAUAAUAGUAAUAAUAAUAAUAAUAAUAGUAAUAGAAACAAUAAUAAUAUAUUUUUAUAAAAUUAAAAAUAUAUAUAAUUUUCGAAAAUUAUAGUUUAAAAAAAGAUAAAAAAAAAAAAAUAAAUUAUUUAUUAAUAUGUAUUUU